CGGAGCUUAAUCGGUGAAAACGUCGACGUCACUCCCUCCGUCUGCUCAGCUCUGUCCUCCACAGCUCAGCAGCAGCAGCAGCAGCAACAGCAGCAGGAUGGACAUGUCCAGCAGGCUGUUGAUGUGGCAGGAGCUGGCAGAAAGCUGUGGUCUCAGUACAGUUUAUCAGGGCGUUCAGCAGGUGUGGAGGCUGCUGCUGCUCUGCCUCAUCUGCAGACUUUUUUUCAGACUGGGAGGCGUGUCCACACUGAAGCAUGUGGUGUCAGUGUUGGUCGGGAUGUACGGCCUCUUCCUCUUCUUUGAGCUGCAUAUGCUGUGGGUGCUGUUGCUCAGUGCGCUCUGUUACCUCGUCUUGCUGCUCACGCGACACUCCUCCAGCAGAGGCCUCUUCCUCUCGCUUGUCAUCCUCAUCUACCUUCUUAUUGGAGAGUUGCAUUUAAUUGACACGGGGACCUGGCAUAAAAUAAGAGGCUCUCAGAUGGUGGUGGCCAUGAAGGCCAUCUCUCUGGCCUUUGACCUGGACAGAGGAGCAGUGGGCAGCCUUCCCUCUCCAGCUGAGGUCCUGGGCUAUCUUCUCUUUGUUGGUACGGUCGUCUUUGGUCCUUGGAUCAGCUUCUCCAGUUAUAAGAACGCCACUGAAGGCAGAAAACUGAGCUGGUUGUGGCUUCAGAGUUCCUUCAUCAGUCUGCUGAAGAGUCAGAUCUGUUUGCUGGUCUCCACCUGCAUCGCUCCGUACCUCUUCCUUUUGUUCAUCCCUAUCCAAGGAAACCCAGUCACAGAGAAGUGGCUGCGUGCUUAUGAGAUUGCAGUGUCCUUCCACUUCAGUAACUACUUUGUGGGUCACCUCAGUGAAGGCACCACCAUGCUGGCUGGAACAGGCUUCACUGAAGAGAAGGACAACAUCAGAUGGGAUAUGAGUGUGGUGAAACCUCUGAGUGUGGAAAUGCCUCGCUCCAUGGUGCUGGUGGUGACGUCCUGGAACAUCCCCAUGUCCCGUUGGCUCAAAACCUAUGUGUUUAAAAACGCCAUGAAGCUGGGGACGUUUGCAGCCAUCCUUGUGACGUACACAGCCAGUGCCUUACUGCAUGGUAUGAGUUUCCACCUUGGAGCUGUUCUCCUCUCUCUGGGAUUCAUCACAUAUGUUGAACAUGUUCUGAGGAAGAGGCUUGCAUCCAUCUUCAGUGCUUGUGUCCUGUCCAGGCCUUGUAACUCUGGCUGCAGCCAUCAGCACAAGAAGGAGUACUGGGUGGUGAUGUUGAACCUGCUAUUCAGCUUCUUGGUCAUCUUCCACCUCACUUACCUGGGCUCUAUGUUUGAUCCUGGAGUUGAUGAAUAUGAAGUAGAAGAGGGUUACGCAGCCAUCCACACCAUCCAGAGGUGGUCUGAGCUGAACUGGGCAAGCCACUGGGUUGUGUUUGCCUGUUGGAUCUUCUACCGUUUAAUCCAGUGACACUGGACUGGAUUGUAACUCUGCAAGACACCACACAAUACAAUGGGUUUGUGUGGGUGAGGUCAUGUUCAUAUUACUCCGUUAAAAUCUCUGCUCCGGAUUAAACUUGCUGUCCACACAAACUUUUUUGGAGCCUGAAAAAGUGAGAAGUAUAAAAAUGCUGCCGUCUCCAUGUUAGUUUGCAAACUGUGGGGCUGCGUUUUAGUCUGGGUGGACAAAAACAGAGAGCUUUGGAAGCAGUGAUGAGUUCACUUCCUCAUUAGGUGUUAUUAGCCACUUCUCAACCAUCAAAGGCUCAGUUAAAAGUUACUCCAACUUUGUCGUCGGUCACAUAACAGAAAUCCUGGUUCUUUCUCCUCAACUUUGUGUUUUGCUGUCAGCACUUUCUGAAACUAAGCAACUGGUACGUACGCCAUGGUACAUAUAAUUUUAUCCGUGUUAUUGUUGAUGCCAUUUAAAAUAUAGUCGUAUGGAUGCGGCCUGAAUAUCAGGGUGUUCCUGGAUCUGAUGGGAAUGAGGAGGAUUCGUCUGGACACCUGUGGUCAGGUGGAUAUCAAAGCAAAAUGACACUUUACAGCCUCUAUCACAUACCUCCAGUGUACUGUAUUCCGCCUGUGGAUAUUUACUUAAAGGAUUAUUCCAGAAUCCUUUUAUUCAAAAGAAAGAAAAACACUUUUCAGACCAAAUAAACUGCAUGCGCGUGUAGUUUGACGUGUAGAGACAGGUGUGUUUCAAUGUUGGGUCCAAAGUCAUUUCAGCAUGUUUAAGUAUACAUACAUGUGUAUAUAUUUAUAUGUUUUUUUGUUUUUUUCUACAAAAUGUUUGUGCCAAUGUAAACUCUUGAGGUGAGUCUUUUUUCAGAACACUAUCAAAGUGACUCACCGGAGGAAACUCUUGAGAUAUCGCACAUUAUAAUCGAUUUUUUUAAUAAACGCAUAUUAAAGUGAA